AUGACUGUGGAUUCAGACAAGACGGAUAUGCCUGGCGCCAUGGAUACGUCCUCUGACAUGCAGGGACUCAUGGAUACACAUAUACCAGAAGUUCCUGUGACUGUUGAAUCAAGGGGGACGUAUCCUCAUCCAAGUGACGCGGUCAAGGUUCCCGUGGACCGAUCCAAGAUCAAGGACACGCCGACAUUUGCAAUUGGCGACGCAGUUGACGUAACCGCAGUACACAACUACCUCAAGCACUAUGGCUACAUGCCAACAGACGCAGAUGCGUCUCCCAAGGGAAAAGUCGCCGAGGAAACUGCCUCCGCCCUCAAGGCAUUCCAAGAGUUUUCAAACCUCUCCGUUGACGGCGUCUUUGGCCCAGAAACUAGAGAGGCCAUGUCCCAGGACCGUUGUGGAUUCCCCGAUUUGGUCCAGUCAGUUGACUUUACCGUUCUCGGUCCCUGGACGGAUCGCAACAUCAAGUAUUGCUUUGGGGCUCAGUCUUCUCAGCUCAACGUCGACGUUUGCAAGAACGCAAUCCGGCGUGCCCUAAACACAUGGGCAAAUGUUGGAGUGGGCUUAACCUUUACUGAAGUUGCAGCGAACCAAAGCCCGGAGGUGUUUGUAGAAUUCAGGCCCGCCAACGACCCUGACCAUUCAAUGGUUGGGGGCGUGGUUGCGCAUGCAGACUUCCCUCCUGGGUUCUCAGUCGUCGUGAACGGUCUUCCUUUGCCGUUGCAUUUUGACGAUCAGGAACACAGGUGGGUUGAUGGCGCGGUGGCUAAUUCAUUCGAUAUUGAGACCGUGGCUCUACAUGAGAUGGGCCACAUUCUAGGAUUGGCUCACAGCAGUGUAGGAGGAGCAGUCAUGUAUCCAUUUGUGUCUCCCAACUUUCUCAAGAGAGCGUUGGCGGAUGACGAUAAACAGGGUAUUCGUAAUCUGUACCCGGUGUGGCGAAAUCUCGGUGGUUUAUAUUACGGGGUUCCUGCUGUCGUUUCCUGGGCUCCAGGUAGGACUGACGUAUUCGUCAGGGGCACCAACAAUGCUGUCUACCACAAAUGGCAAAACGGUGGCGGCACUACUUGGGGACCGAGUGAAACCGGAUAUGAAAGCCUCGGGGGCACCAUCUACGGUAAUGUAACCGCAGUGUCCUGGGGCGCUAAUCGGAUUGAUCUCUUUGCCCUUGGCACCAACAAUGCUUGCUACCACAAGUGGUGGGACGGUAAUGCUUGGAGAGGCUGGGAGUCUCUCGGCGGUGGCAUAAUUGGAGAUAUCUGUGCCGUGUCUUGGGGCGCGAAUCGCCUCGAUUUGUUUGUCCGCGGUAUGAACAACGCCGUGUAUACCAAGUCUUGGAAUGGCAGCGCCUGGUUGCCGAGUCUGACUGGCUGGACGAAUCUCGGUGGCACAAUUGUUGGAGCGCCAAAGGCUGUCUGCUGGGCCCCCAACCGAAUUGACAUCUUUGUCAGAGGCACCAACAAUGGUGUCUAUCAAAAGACUUGGAACGGUUCCAUCUGGCAGCCUUCGGUUACCGGAUGGACCAGUCUUGGUGGGACUGUCAUGGACGACAUCGUUCCUGUUUCAGGGGCCGCAAAUAGACUUGACCUUUUCGUACGCGGCACGAAUAACGCAGUUUAUCAGAAGAAAUGGAACGGUAGUGCCUGGAUACCUUCGGCGACAGGUUGGAAUAGUCUUGGAGGAGUCAUCAUGUCAAGCCCUUCCGCUGUUGCUUGGGGCGGCAGCCGCAUCACUCUUGCGGCUCAAGGUACCAACAAUGCAGUGUAUAUCAAACGAUUCAACGGGUCCGCUUGGGACAACUGGACGUCUAUUGGAGGAGUCAUAACUGAUUCUCCGGUCAUUGAUCCUCGAGGUGAAGAUCGAGCUGCUGUAUAUGUGCGAGGGACGAAUGCUUCACUGUAUUCUUUUGAUUAG